AUGGAUGAAAAUCAAGGUAAAAGGUAUUCGUAUAAACCACUGACGCAAGAAAGUUCUAGAAGGCGACUUGACUCGGACCCGAGUGAUAAGACCGUGGGGUCUCCACCAGAAUUUGAUGAAUCAGAAGUCGUUGUCGAUGACCAGGAUGUGAUUAGUGAGAAGAGUAGUCGGAUUGAAAAUACAUUUGACCAGAAUGAACCAUGGGAUAAUUAUUUAAGAAAUGAUGUAUCGAUUGAGGUGUCGAUCAACUCAAUAGAUGACCCUGAGAAGCAAAGGGUUGAUGCUUGUACUUUCUCACCGAACGGAAAACACCUGGCCGCCUAUUUCUCGGAACAAGGAAAGAUCUUAAUAUGGAAGGUCGAUAAAUUGAUGGAAGGAGAGAAUGUGACUACUUUUUGGCACUCGAAAACCGCGACCACGGAUCUGAUGAAGAGACCUUAUUGGCAGAAGAGAAAGAGUUUUGCUCCUGCUUUCCUCUUGGAAAGAAACAUGACCGACGUUGAUUUUGCUCUUAGCAAUGAUGCCAAGUUUGUUGCACUUAGUGCCAUCAAGUUGCCUCAAGACGAACAUGAUCCUGAACCAUUUGAGUUAUUUAUUCCUCCGCUUGGCGUAAAAGACAAAAUAUUUACCUUUGUUGUAAACACUCUGGAAGAAAAACCGGUUCUUCAAAAUGACCUUAUAAAAUCAAAAGGGUCGAUCAGAUUUACCCAGGAUGAUGAAUCCUUUGUUGUAUGCAAUGUGGAGUAUGACUAUCUUAAUGUCAGCGAGUACAAGGGAAACUUUAUCUAUAUCUUCUCGACACGCAGUUGGAAGGUUAAACAUAAAUUGAUCAUUGACACGUUUUCCGCGUCACUCCGUGUGAUACCUCAUCCGUGGAUUCAGACAAAGAUUGUCAGGAAUUCCUUCUUGCAAGAUUAUUUUGUCUGUGUCGAACAGUGGGAUGUUGCAUCUUUAUGGUCGCUUUCUACUGGACAACUAGUGAUCCGUUUUAAAUGCGCUCAAAAAGAUUCAUUUUUGGAUGCUGAUGCUUCGCCAACACUGUUCUCAUUGUCUCACAAUAAGAAAAUGUUGGCGACCUGGACAUCAAAAGGGAUUCUGUCGAUAUUUUUGUGCGAAGGUGGACUGGUGUUUUCCUCGUCUGUCAAUAAUGCGACAAUUUAUGAUGCGGGCUCGAUAAAAGAGAGUUUGUUGUGGUUGGAGGGCGACGAACACGUGAUGACCAUAAACGCAAAAAACGCUGACAACCAUCACCUCUUGCAGAUUUGGGACAUAUACACUUGUCAACCAAUCAGCAGGAACGACAAUCUUAAAAGUUCCUUUGUAUUUGAACCGAACGGACUGGAUUUCUAUGCAUCUUACGCCAACCCAGUGCCAAGGAUUCAUAAAAUUACAACGCCAUUAUCUCAAAAGAAAUUAUUGACCCAAGGUCUGCAAAUACAAAAUAUAGGAAAACACUAUUAUGCCGAACGUGGUUUCACUAGGAUCUAUUCGUAUAACAAAAAAACACUGUAUAGGGCGGAACCGGGGGCAGAGUAUGAGGCCGUCUUACGCAACGACCACCCCAUAGUCGACAUUCACAUAGAGCCGUGGCUUAACUUCACGCCAAUUAAGUCCGGUUUUUGCUUGGAUAAAAAAAAGGAACGCGUCGUGUAUAUCGGUCAUUACACGGUGCAAAUUUGGAUUUUUAAACCUGGUGUAGAGCCCGAAUUACAGUACAUUUGGUGUAGACCCGUUAAGGAUAAAGGUCUUAAGGGAUUAAAGAGUAGGAUUGUAUAUGCGACUAUCCAGUUGGCGAAUCUCGGCAGGACUCAGGAAGGUCGAUAUGUAUUACAUGUUCAAUGUGAUGUCGAGGAAAAUGAUAAAAGAAGCUUUUCGAGAUUCAGCAUCCAAAACACGACCAAUUAUCCGUUAUUCGACAGAAUUCAGGAACAGAGAGAUCGACCCAGAGGUUUGACUGCCGUUGAUAAAGAUUCGGAGUUUCAAAUCGAUCUAAUUCUUCCUGAUGAAAACGAAAGGGCAACGUUUGAAACGAUAGCUUUUGCAUCUGAGGCCCUGGGGUACCUUAGCUUUGUGGAGAGAAAAUAUUGGAUUCAAAUUAGUUCCGGAAAAAUUCAUGACCAUUUUGAGAGAUUGCUUGAAAAAUGUCGAUCUAUAAUCACUCAUGCCAUAUAUAACGACUCUCACGUGUUCAAUCAGAUUGUCAAUUUUCAGUCACCUCUGGAUAUCCUUAUCAAAGCCGAUUGCCAAUACGCGGACAUGGUGAUCAAGGAGUUUCUCGGAACCAACAAACAUAUUCCGCAAUUUUAUGACCCUGGAAAAACAAAAUCUGCGUUGUCAAGGGCCAUCCGCCUUGGAAAGACUGAUGUCGUGCAUUCAUUGCUAAAGUAUUAUUGUAGGCGUGCCGAGGAGAACCCAAUCUCGUGGACUUUGACGAUCGUUCCCGCGUUCAGUGCCUUGAGAGAGAUUUAUCCGGAUUUUGCAUUAGGUUUUGUGAAAAGCAUUAGUUACAUUCCGUCUAAGGACGAGGUCAUUAGAAGUGAUCGAUCAGAACUCUACGCAUUUUCAAAAGUCGAAGAACUUAGUCGGGAGGUUGUCGAAACGCCCUGGCAAAAGUUUAAGACCUGGUGGACGAAGAGUGAGAGACGGAUUGAUCGAAAGAUCGAAGGGGCAGCAGAAUUAGUGCGCGCACCGCGCAAGACUCGUCCUGCAAGAGAAUGCGUGGUGCCUCUUCCUGAUUUUGCAACCUAUAGGAACAUUCCCAAAGAUAUCGGAAAAUCCGUGGAAAAACGACGCUUUCCAUUUUUUUGGAAAAUUGUGAAUUAUCUAUCCUACCGAAAGAGACAAUCACCUUUUGUAAUUAAUCCUUCUGAACUUUUACGAAGUUUGUUCGUUGUCGAAGUCUUAUCCAGUAGAUACGAAUUGUUUGGGGAACCCGCAAUGGAAGCGGUGAUUAAUUUUAAAUGGCGAAAAUUUGCAAGAACCCGUGUUUUUAUAAUGUUGUCACUGCACCUUAUUUAUGCCUUGGCUUUUAUGCUCGGCAUUUCAACGGACAAUACGAUAGUAAAAAAAUCGACGAUGGUGAUUGUGCUUGUAGGUGGAACAUUAUUUUUAUUAAUCGAGAUUAGGCAAAUGUUGGGACAGUUUUCAGAGUAUUGGCUUAGUGUGUACAACUGGUUGGAUUUGGCCAAAAGUAUCGUGCCGAUGGUUGUAGCGGCGCAAUUCCUAUCUGAUGAACAACCAUCCGAAAAAAUUCGUGGGGCUUCCAUGUUAUUUGUUUACGUUGAUCUGCUCUUACAUCUUCGCGUGUUCCAAGUGAUCGGCAUUCCCAUAUUUAUGAUCCUCGCAAUAGUCAGAAAAGUCGGGUGGAUUAUCAUUAUAAUGGGUGGCAUGGUCGUUUCUUUUGCACACAUCUUUUUCAUUUUGUUAGAUCAUGAUAAAAAUAAAAAUUUUCAAGAUUUUGGCUCUUCACUUGUAUCUUUCUACUUCAUUCUGAUUGGACAAUAUGACUCGGUCAGCGAUGAGCGAGACAAUAAUCGAACGAUCACUAUAUUAUUAAUGCUAUUUUCAUUUUUCACUGCUAUAUUGUUGUUGAAUGUUUUGAUCGCUAUUAUGGCGGAUGUUGUGAAAGAAACGGAAACCUCUGGUAUACGAGCUUGGCUAAAACAGAAGGCAGAGGUCAUAGCGGAGAUUGAAAUGUAUAUGAUGACAUCGGCACAACGCAGAAGGAAGGAUUAUUUUCCAUCUUUAAUCUAUUACUAUGCAAAUCCUGAUAAUAUCAAGGCCUAUAAGAAAAAAUUGGUAAAUGAUGAUAGCGAAUGGGAAAACACAAAAAACGAUGAGGGAGAUGUUAAAGAAUCUGAUAUUCCGUGGGCCAAACAUAACCUCGAUAGUAGUAGUAGUAGCUCCACUAGAUUUUUGCCUUCUAGGAUUGAAGCAAAGUUUACCGAAGAAUCUUCCGAUAAUGGCACUUGA